AUGGCGGCUGAUAUAGCCGCGCGUUCGUCCCUUCCGCCGCACCACAUGCGACACGAGCUGUCCGCGCCUCGCUCUUUCGAAUCGCCUCUCAAGAACCGAGGAUCUUACGGCGACCAAUCAGAAUCAUCAUCCUACUCCACCCAUCCCCGCCACCCAUCCGACUUGUCUCGGCACCAGAUGCAGCAGCUGUCGUCCGCAACCGCCGCCGCAACACACGCCGCCUCCGCCGGCUCCAUCACUUCCGCGGGUGGCGGCGCGUCGGCGGCGAUACGCUGGAUUCGCGGACCUAGUCUAGGCGGCGACCCCGCCGGAAAAGUAAAUCUCGCGUUAAAUUCUGACACGGGCGAGGUUCUGGUGGUCAAGUCCGUGUCGAUUAAUAGCCUUCCUAAGACCAUGCGGCAGCUGGAGAACGAGCAGGCAAUUCUGGAGGAGCUCCGAACCUGCCCGCGCGUGGUUCGGCUGCUAGGCUCGGCGUGGGAAUCCGACCCUGCGUCCGGAGCUCGGGUGAAGAAUCUGUUUCUCGAGUAUGUUUCUGCUGGGAGUGUGCUCGAUAUCAUGGGCACGUUCGGAUGCUGCGGCGGCGACAGCGGCGGCGGAGGCGGGGGGUGCGCAGGGCUGCCGGAGGCGCUGGUGCGGAAAUACGCGCGUGGGAUUGCGGAAGGGUUGGCGGAACUGCACGCCCGCGGGAUUGUACACUGCGAUGUGAAAGCGGCGAAUGUGCUAGUUGCGGGGGGGAAGGGGGAGACGAAGCUGUGCGGUCUGGGCGUGGCGAUGCGCGCGGGGGAAGCGGCGCAGCGCAUCGCGCGGAAACAGCGGCUGCAGGGAACGUACGGCUGGAUGGCGCCGGAGGUCGUGCGACAGGAAGAUCAAGGGUUUGCAUCGGACAUUUGGUCGCUCGGGUGUACAGUAAUCGAAAUGGCGACGGGCUCGCCGCCUUGGACCGGCCAACUGCCGCCGGCCGGUAAUAUAGACGGCGAGUACAUGGCCGAUCCGACUCCUGACGCCCUGCUGCACGCGAUUGGUUACUCCAACGCGGCGCCAGCUAUUCCGGCGCAUCUGUCGGCGGAAGCUGUCGGGUUUCUGCGGAGAUGCCUCGAGAGGGAUCCCGCGCGCCGCCCCUCCGCCGCGCAACUUCUAGAACACCCGUUCCUCCGCGGAAGCGUGAUCGGCUCCGCGGGUGCCGCGCCCGCCGGGUACCCCAUGGCGCAGCAAGCUGCGCGCCCGCCCAGUGGGGGGCGCGGGAGCGGGGCGCGGCGGAAUGAGGAGAGCGCGGGACCGAGAGCAGGCGCAGGAGAAAGCUGGGCGCGUCAAGGCGCAGGAGGAGGCGCAACGGGCGCGGAAGGUUUCUACUGUGAGGGGCGGGAGAGAGGGGAGUGCGAGUGGGAGGAGGGGGAAGCGGAGGAGGCGGAGGAAGAGAUGGAGGGGUAUGGAUGGGAGGAUAUAGGGGUGAGCUUCGGCCCCAGUGGUGCUGAAGGGAUUCUCGCAUCUGGCCCUGUGCAGCCUUCCUCGGGCUCUGGUGGUCUUGAUCCAACGGUCAGACGCAGAGUUGGUGCAGGUUCAGGCGGGAUUUCAGCCGCAAACCUGCCGCCCGCCCCCGCGCCACUGUUCCACCCAUCAGGCAUCCGCAUGGGUCCCCUGAUGCGACAAAUCUCCAAAGAUCAGCUUGCCCUGCGCGCGGCCAUGGCUGCAGCAGAGACCGGUGGUGGCCUUGGUGGUAACCAGGACAAGGGUGGUGGUAACCAGGAGAGGAAUGGUAACCAGGAGAGGAGCAGUAACCAGGAGAGGAGCAGUAACCAGGAAAGGGGCGGUAACAGCUAUGGCCAGGGGCAUGCUGCUUCCUCCGCAGCGCCUGUGCCCCCCUUGCCUGGGAGGGCGGGCUUGGGGCGGGCAUCGCACCAGCGGUCCAGCUCUGUGCAAGGUGACUUUGGGGGACGUGACUCUAAUGUGAAUAUUUCUUCUGCGGAUAAACCAUCUCUGCGAUUGGUCAGAGGCUCCUCUGGAAUGUUACCAGGAGCGUCCGCGGCUCAGAUUAGUGAGUUUCAGCAUUAUGGUAGUGGUAUUAGUGGUGAAUUUGGUGGUGUAGAUAGUGCAAGAGGCGGAAGCAGCAUGACAGGUGGUGGUCAGGGAAUUAAAUCCUGCCUGAGACGAACGAGCUCCUGUGUGCCAGGGGAUAGUGGCGGGAAUGAUGUGGGCGGGAGCCUGGGGAGAGGCGUGGGAGGGAGGGGAGGGGAGAGUGGCUUGCAGCGGAUGGGCUCUUUGACGCAGGCCAAGAAGACAGUGGCGUUUGGCGCAAAUUGA